AUGGAGACCCGAUCUGACCAAGAUCCAAAGAAGCCUAGAGCUCCAGAUGGUCGAGACGAUCCUUUCAUCUGGGACGACCCAAUAGCCCCAUGGGCGAGCUUCGACGACGUCAAGUCGACCAAGAUAGGCAAACCAAGGGUCAAAUGGAUGAUAGACCAGAUCUCUAGUGAGCUCUCGAUGGUAUAUAACCAAAUGUUCUUCGGGUUUUCCAGGUCAGGCCGAUACAUGGACGACAACUUAUCCAGUUAUUUGGCGGUAGCGAAACUUCAAUCGGAAUACCCUCCGUUACAAAUGUCUCAAAGUGCUCAAGCUAGUCCGGGUGAACCACCAGCUUUCGUGUGCAGAAGCUCUGGUAGAUGCGAAUGUAGGCCACUACUACCAUCGACAGACCUCAGCUUAUAUCACGAGCUACCUUCUGUUGAUCACUUACGGAUUCUUGAGGUCCUUCCAGGACGUAGCGGUGUUAUAGAAUGUGUACUGCAUGUCGGCCGGCUUCCACAAGACAAUUGCACAUACGAAGCUCUCUCUUACACAUGGGCUCUAGAAAAUCGGACCCCACAAACGCCAACCACACUCCCAAUUCACUGCAACGGUUUAGAUAUCGCUGUCGGAGUCAAUCUAGCCAAUGCCUUGCGAAGACUUCGGAUGGAGCAUGUCUCUAGAAUGAUAUGGGCCGAUGCGCUUUGCAUCAACCAAGCAGAUAUCGCCGAGAAAGCUCAACAAGUCUCGAGAAUGAAUCUGAUCUUCCAAAAUGCUUCCCAGGUAGUGAUAUGGCUCGGCGAACUGGGCGAUACCGGGUCUGUAAAUAGUGGGGACUCUGUUUCCCGGAAAUCACGUUUGCCCCUUCAUUAUCCAUAUCAGGCCUUUUCGGGUGUCUGCGCAGUGGUCAACGCUUGGAGAGAUGGAUCAGGCUACGAUAGAUUUAUCCAGGCAGCCACGCACUCUCCUGGGAUCGCAGUGCCACCAGAAGAGAACUGGGACGUAGAGCAAUCUUUGAUUUCCGAAUCAUGGCGUCAGCUUGACAAAAUGAGUGAAGGGUCCCUUUCGGUUGUCGAGUCAUGGAGCAGAAUAUUUGAGAUUUACAGCUGCCUCUGGUUUUCACGCCUCUGGGUUGUCCAAGAGGUGGCACUUGCUCGUUCAGCAAUCGUUCUGUGGGAUGAAUGUGAAAUUUCCUGGGAAUGGAUAGGACUGGCAGCCGGGAUCAUUCGAACGAACUUCGACGCAAUUGCAGCUGUCGUUCAGAGACACCCCGAAAUUUCCGUUCGGAGCUCUAUGCACAUAGGUAUCACAAAUUGCUAUUUAAUGUUCCGGUUAUCAAAGUCACAGCGAUAUAUCCCGCCCCUUGAAUUGUCGUUCUGCGACCUCCUCCAGUUGACUCGACAUCUGGGAUGCUCGGAUGAUCGAGAUCGAGUAUACGGGCUUUUGGGCCUCCCUACUGGGGACAAUGUAAGCUGUAAUUUAACUCCUGACUACAGUAAAUCUGUUGCAGAAGUUUACUGCCUCGCCGCGAGGAAGAUGAUCAACUCAUCACUCUCGCUUGCCGUUCUGUCCAGCGUACAACGGGACGAGAAUCAUGUAUGGCAGAUGGCGCAUAACAAGAGUGACAAAGGAAACUUUGACGAAACGAUGCCUUCUUGGGUGCCUCAGUGGAAUGUUUUGUUGACACGGAGUUUAACUCCUCCCCUCGAUACUGGUUUUGCAGCCUCAUUAGACACCCGGCUUCAGCAGCAACAAACAGAUAAUCCACUAAAACUCAACAUUCGUGGCAUACUACUUUCCUCGGUAGAUAGUUGCGUUUACUCAGGACGCGAGUUCACUUACAUUGAUGAUGACCCUUUUAUGGGUGGAUAUUUCGCACAGAGUUCUGACGAUUUCGCCACUGAAGAUGAAAUCCAGACAAUGGACAACCCACUCAAGGAGCUACUCCAGAAUCAUCAAGCCAGUCGAGAGCAUCUUGAAAAGAUUUGUCUCACACUCACUGGCGGCCAUAACUGGUACGGGCUUCCUGUACAGGAUUUAUCGGCGCACUUAGCCGACUACGUGUGUUGCCUCCUUGACGGCGGUCUCUGGUGGUCUCUUGAGAAGGACGCAUUUACAGGCCCAGAAAGUCAGUAUUGGACACGCGACCCUAGUUUAAAAGAGAAGAAAACGGUAAAAAACCUUGUCCGAUCCUGGGAUUUCGUCGAAACAGUCAAAUCGGGAAACGGUCAACGCUUUCUCGACAUCGCUUCCACAACGUCCACCCAACGUGCUCGCUUCACAGCAAGCAAUGGUAUGAUCGGCCUUGGUCCCAAAGCAAUGAAGGAAGAUGAUAUACUCUGCAUCUUGUAUGGCGCUUCCGUCCCUUUCAUCAUCAGACCCAAAAGUGACGGCACCGGGUAUAUUCUUAUUGGAGAGUGCUAUGUUCGCGAUCUCAUGUCGGGAGAAGCUGUGAAGAAUCUCAGUUCGCUGCCAAGUAGAACUUCACCUGGAGCUUUUCGGGCAGAGGAGACUUGGAUUGAAUUGCACUGA